GCCAAAAAACGUCAAUAAGAUUUAUUGAAAUCCACCUUUGAUAUCUAAAUCUACAAAAAGUUGAUAAGAAAGGAAUGCCGGAAUGUUGUUAUUUUUCAUUUUCAGAAACCGGGUCGUGAUGUUGUCUUGGCUGCAACACCGAUGGACUGGCCUAUGGUUGCUGAUGCUGGCUCUGGGUGCCCUGACACUAUUUUUAUAUGGAUUCUUUCCAUUAAAAUAUCACUCAGGAAAGUUUGCUCAUAUGGAUGAUUUACCUAAUUUUAUAGAUGGUAUUGGUAUUGACGGUCAAGAAGUAUACAAUGCUGGUGAACAUAGUGUGGUACUUAUGGUAAUAGAUGGCUUGAGAUAUGAUUUUGCCACGGAGGAAUAUAUGCCCUUUGUGGGAGAACUUUUAAAGAACAAAUCAGCCUGUAUCUAUGUAUCUGUUGCUGAACCACCCACAGUCACUAUGCCUAGGAUUAAGGCUAUGAUGACAGGGAGUAUUUCAACGUUCGCGGACGUAGCACUGAACUUCGGUGCGCCCGCUGUCCGUGGGGACAGCGUGCUGCGUGUGGCGGCCUCGCGCGGUAGACACUCCGUUAUGUAUGGAGAUGAUACCUGGCUUAGGCUUUUCCCUGGAUUAUGGGCGGAACAUGAUGGGACAUCUUCUUUCUAUGUCACGGAUUAUACAGAAGCGCUGCUGCCCGCAGACGUGCGCCAGCACCUCUACCUGCUGCACGUGCUGGCCGCGCACAGCGCCAAGCAGGGCCUGCCCACUGACACUGAGUUCUACAAGCAGUUUCAAAGAGCGGAGAAGCAGUUUGCUCAGUAUUUAGCGACAGGACAGCAGAGCGCUGCUAAGAUCGCCAAGGAAUUCUAUGACGAGUCUCUCGAAGCUAUGUCGAAAUACCUCACAGAAACUACCGCGGAGUUUGACCUGUUCGCUAUUAACUUCGCCACCGUAUUGAUGUAUAUUCUGACGGCUGCAGCAUCUUGCGCCACUCUGUAUUCAUUACAAACAGAAAUACGCAAGCCAAGUAUCACCCACCACCAGCCUUCCACAGUCGGCUUACUCCUCGCCUUCGCCAUCAUGUUUGUCAUCUUCUCCAUCAUCCUCGUCAUCUCCUGCUUCAUCACAGAAACGAAGAGUUCCUUCUGUUCUUUCAGCCCACUUUGGUCUAUCGCCUUCUUCGCCGCGUCUUUAGUUCUUACUAUCGCAUACUUUGUCAUCAAAACCGGUGUCGAAAAAGUCAAAGAUACGACAGCAUUAAAAGAAUUGAAUGCAAUCGAUUAUUUAUUGAUAUAUGGAACUCUGUUUCAUUCUUGGUCCUUCUUUGGCACUAGUUUCAUAGAAGAAGAGCAUAUGACUUGGUAUUUUUACUGGAAUACGUUGAUGUUCUUUGUGUUGGUACGCACUGUGGUGGUGAUUGUGACGUAUUUGAGUAAGAGAUGGUCGGGCGCGACGGAGACGCAGGAGAAGCCGGAGUUGGAAGUGAGAAUGAGUUCAGUGGGAGUCAGUAUACUGCCACAGUGGGUGUUACUUAUCGCUUUGCAUAGGUAUCUUCGAACAAUGAACCAAACUGGAGACAGAUGGCUAUUUCUACCAGAUACUGCAGACUGGCUAAAUGCUCCUGAAAAUUCAUUCUAUCUGCAAGCACAUCUUUUAAUAGGAACUUUAACAACACUGGGUAUCUGUCUAUGGAAUGUUAGAUAUAUGAAUAACUAUAUGUAUGUGCAUUCCAUACUUACAAUAUUAGCUACAAUCUGCAUACUAAGUUACCGAAUAGCCUCGGACACUUUAGAGUCACCAUUCCUUGAUAUAAAGUCCUGGGACACGAUAACAAUAGUCAACAUCUUCUGGGCAAUAUUAAUAAUACAAGCUUUAUAUGAAAUUGUUAUAUACGCUGGGAUAUUUAAAAGUUGUGGAUGCAAUCCCGGUACUAAUAAAUUUGGAUAUAAUAAACAUAAAGUGAAAACUGAAGAUUAUUUCUAUGAACCAGCGGAGGAACCUUGGAAUGUGGAUAAUGUGAAGUUGAAUCUAGCUCGGUCUCUUUCCCAUAUAAUGUUGAACGAUUUAAUGUUAAUUGUGAUAUUAUUAAUGAGACCGCAUAAUGUGAUUAUGGUUCCAAGUGUGUUUGUGACAAGUGUGAUGAUAUCAAAGUGCUUGGAUCACAAAUUGUUGGACGGAAGAACGGGGAAAGGCAAGGAGGUUGCUGAUCUAAUAGGACAGUCUCUCGUUCAUGUCUGGAUUGGAAUGGUCUUCUUCUUUUAUCAGGGCAACUCUAACAGCCUAGCGUCAGUAGACCUGGGGUCAGGGUACGUGGGUCUGCGCGAGUACAGCGCAGUGCGCGUGGCGCUGCGCAUGGGGCUGCACGCGUACGCCGCGCCCGCGCUCGCCGGCGCCGCGCUCUACGCACGCCUCGCGCGGCACAGCGAUACCUGGCAACGAUAUCAACAAUCAGUAUGGCGAGUGUGUAAUAUAUACGCACUGCACCGUAUCUACUCUGUGGCAGUGUACUGUGUGGUCGCCGUCACAUUCCGACAUCAUUUAUUCGUAUGGUCCGUGUUCUCGCCGAAAUUGUUAUACGACUUCGUAGCGACCGUGUUCACUGUACAAGCACUUGCUACUAUCGCACAGAUCGUGUUACUCACCAACCUCACCAGCUGGGUCGCUAGUUUACGUUUUUAAACGAUAAAAACAGAUUAAAAAAUAUACAGAUUAAGCAUAGUUGACACUUCACUUGAAACAUUUUUUUUCCAGUAACGCUAUCUGUUGAUAACCUCAAAACCAUGUCAAUAGAUGUCAUUAAAAAUUUGAAUUAUUUUAUUUUAUGGCACUGUUUAGUUUAUUAAAACAUGUAUAUUAUUAUAAUUUUGUUAAUUGUCAAUACAACGCGAAGUGGCACUAAAUCUGACAACUAAUAUAUUACCUGUCAAAGAAAUUACCAGUGAAAAAAUUUUGUUUGUUAUGCCUAGUCAUAUAUUUCUUAAAUGGAGAACGAUGAGGAAAUUUAUAGAACCCGCUUUAUCUUUGCAUUAAUGUGCAACUUACCGGUGUAGUAUUACGAGUGAAGUGGAAGCAAUUCCGCGUUUCGACUGAUGUGACAAUCCUAAUUUUAGUUCUCUUUCUCUUUCCAUCCUUUUCUUAUAAGGAAAAGAUGGGAAAGGGAUUUGAUGGGGGAUGGAAGGCAUAGGUAAAAAAUAUCUCGCUUUCUAUGCGUCCCUUCUCAAUUAAAUAGAUGAUACGCUAUUUUGACGAAUUCCGGUGGCUUUUGUCACCUUUUACGUAAAAAAAUAUGCUACGAAUAAACUAAAAUUAAACGUAACUCCACUGCAAGGGAGUUUAUGUAUCAAUACAACUGAAUACAGUUGUAUUAUUUUUAAAUGCAGCCUAAGGGCCUGUUCCACCAAAUUGUGAGUUAUCUGUUAACAAUCCAACGUAUGGAAAUAUCCCAUUUUGGUUCCUUAUCUGACAGUGACGUUAUUUUUAAGCUAUCUGAGCCUCUAUCAAUCAGUGGUGGGACAGGCCUUAAACCUAAUUAUUUAACUUUGCAGCUUGAAGCGUUUUGUUUAACCGAACAAUCAAACUUAACAAUUAAAACUGACAUGUGUAGGCAACCGAACUGAACAAUUUAACUGAUAGCUAAAAUGUAGUGUACACAUGCCAAUUUUAAUUGUACAGUUAUGUAUCAGGCUUAAAUUGAUGUUUUGUUUGUAAAUACGUCGUCCUAAGAAUUGAUAAUUUUGGUACAACCUGUAUUUUCUUAAGUAUAUGAUAUAUGAUAUCGCAAAGUAUAUACAAUUGAGUACAUGAAUAAUAACAUUUCCUUUGUGCUCAAAACUGACUAUUGACUUUAUUAAAGCAGUAUUCUGAAUUAUAUUGUAGCCAUUGAGACUUGAUUAAAUAAUGUAAUGUAGUGUUUGUAUUUAUAUUAUGUACCAUUAUUUUAAUAUUUUCUAUCCCUAAAAAGUAUUGUAAUUAUUGUAUUACAACUAAAAAAUAUCAAAGAUUUGUACGUAGUAAAAUCAAUGCCAUAGAAAUUUAAAUUAAUUGAGCAUUCCGCAAUGCAUUCCAAAUGCAACAAAAGUUUUUUUUGUAUUAUUUCCAUGGUUUACUUUUAAGAAUGUACAUGUUACCUAGUCAUAAUUCAUUAUUUAAUAUGACUGGAAUAUUCGAGUAUAUUUAAUUUUUAUGUAUC